AUUAAUGAAUUACGUCUUGAUAAGACUACUCACUCUAUCUAAAAAUAAGAACAACAACAUGAAUAUGUUUUAGUUCUCGCAAACUCUACUAGUAUUUUUCCUUCCACUACCCUCCCACCUAGGGUAAGACUACGGCUAGCACGUGUAUGUACCUUCACGAAGUGUGACUUUCAAACCGACUGCUUUCCCGCACGGAGGACUUUGUGAUACUUUCCUCAUAAAUGGGCGAUAAAGUACUGCUGAUUGGUAGUGGAGGACGGGAACACGCUAUAGCUUGGAAACUAUCCCAAUCCGACCAUGUUUCCACGAUUUAUAUCGCGCCGGGGAACGCUGGAACCAAAGGACACAAGAUGCAAAAUGUUUCAUCUUCGGUACUAGACGUCAACGUUAACGAAAAUGUCGUCUCCUAUUGCCGUGAUAACAAGGUUGAUUUCGUCGUUGUUGGACCCGAAGCACCUCUGGCUAAUGGCAUAGCGGACUCUCUUCAAGAUGCCGGAAUUCCCUGUUUUGGUCCUAGCCAAAAGGCUGCUCAAAUUGAAGCAAGCAAGGACUUCGCCAAACAUUUCAUGUCUCGACAUGACAUCCCCACGGCAAAAUUUGCUUCUUUCACUGAUGCCGACAAGGCAUGUGAGCAUAUCAGGAAAGCAGACUACGCUGCUUUGGUUGUGAAGGCUAGCGGGUUGGCCGCGGGAAAGGGGGUUGUUGUGGCCAGUGACAAGGACGAGGCGAUAAAAGCUGUCCAUGACAUGUUGAAGGACAAUAUCUUUGGUGAUGCUGGCAGCACUAUUGUUAUUGAAGAAAAGUUAGAAGGAGAAGAGUUCUCAGUGUUGGCUUUCACAGAUGGCAAAACCAUUGCAGCGAUGCCUCCAGCCCAAGACCAUAAGACCCUGUUGGACGGUGACAAGGGACCAAACACAGGCGGCAUGGGUGCCUAUGCCCCUUGUCCUCAGAUAUCUGAUGAUGUGCUAGAGACCAUUAAAAGGGAUGUGCUGCAAAGAGCUGUUGACGGCAUGAGGGAAGAGGGAUGCCCCUACAUCGGCGUCCUAUAUGCCGGUAUCAUGCUCACCAAUGAUGGCCCUAAAGUGCUGGAGUUUAACUGUAGGUUUGGAGACCCAGAGACUCAAGUCCUGUUGCCUCUACUGAAGAGUGACCUUUAUGCCACCAUGAUGGAGUGUGUAACUGGUGAGCUAGAGAUGUCGAUGCCAGUGUUCGCUGCUGGCAAGGUUGCUGUGGGUGUGGUUAUGGCUAGCGGCGGUUACCCCGGCUCAUACAAGAAGGGUCUUACCAUCCAUGGCUUAGAGGGUGUUAUGAGCCUAGAAGACACCUUGGUGUUCCAUGCUGGUACCAAACCAAACGAGUCAAGGGACCAGGUGGUCACGUCUGGAGGGCGAGUCCUUGCUGUUGUUGGCCUGUCCGAGACUGUGGUGUUAGCACAGGAGAAGGCGUAUGAGGGAGUCAAGGGAAUCUGCUUUGAUGAUUGUUAUUACAGGAAGGACAUAGCUACUAAGGCAUGCAGAUCAGCACCCCUGAGCUACUUUGCAUCUGGAGUAAAUAUAGAUGCAGGUAACAGCCUAGUGAAGGCCAUCAAACCGUUGGCAGCAGCGACGGCAAGAAGUGGCUGUUCAGCAGACCUGGGUGGGUUUGGGGGGUUCUUUGAUUUGGCGGCAGCUGGGUAUAAAGAUCCCUUGCUAGUCAGUGGAACCGAUGGAGUUGGCACUAAACUCAAGGUGGCUCAGUCAGUUUGUUGCCAUGGUUCCGUCGGUAUAGACCUGGUAGCUAUGUGCGUUAAUGACAUCCUCGCACAUGGAGCAGAGCCACUUUACUUCCUGGACUACUUCGCUUGCGGCAAGCUGGAUGUGGGUGUGGCUAAGGAGGUGGUAAGGGGUGUGGCAGAAGGGUGUUCUCAGGCUGGAUGUGCACUUAUUGGAGGGGAGACAGCAGAGAUGCCAGGGAUGUAUCAGAAUGGAGAAUAUGACAUCGCUGGCUUUGCCGUCGGGGCUGUGGAGAGAGAGCAAGUCCUCCCCCGCAUUCAGGCAAUUAAAACAGGCGAUGUCCUAAUUGGUCUGGCGUCCAGUGGGAUUCACAGCAAUGGUUUUAGUCUUGUGCGACGUGUGAUUGAAGCUGCUGGUCUAGAAUUCAGCUGCCCUGCACCCUUUCCCACCACCCAAGGGGUGCAGUCUAUGACAUCCUUAGGCAUGGCUCUGUUGGCGCCGACACGCAUCUACUGUAAAGCAGUGUUGCCACUGAUGAAAGGGGAAGGUUGCAAGAUCAAGGCCUUUGCUCACAUAACAGGAGGAGGAUUGGUGGAGAACAUCCCCCGAAUUCUUCCCGAUGGGAAAGGUGUUGAACUGGAUGCUAAUACCUGGAAAAUACAACCUGUGUUUGGCUGGAUCUGGUCUCAAGGUCAAGUGGCGACGACUGAGAUGGUGCGGACAUUCAACUGUGGCAUUGGUGGUGUUCUGAUUGUUGAAGGUAGUGAUGCAGCAUUUGUUCUGGACAGUUUGCGGGAUGCUGGAGAGACUGUCUGGAGUAUUGGCCAGGUGAUUGAUUUUCAGGAUGGAAUUGAGCGGGUCAAAAUCAACAAUAUACAUCAUGCUUUAGAAAAUGCUUCUGCAGAUGUCACCUUGUUCAACACUACGCCAUCGUCACUUGCUGAUGGUGUGGCAAAGAGAAUUAAGCUUAGUAAUGGAGAUGCUGCUGUAAACAUGCCAAGAAUGCGUGUUGGCGUGUUGAUCUCAGGAUCGGGAACAAACCUUCAAGCGUUGAUUGACAGAAGUUUACGUUACGACAGCCAUGCAGACAUUGUUCUUGUCAUCAGUAACAAGCCUGGGGUCCAAGGUCUCAAGCGGGCACAGGAUGCUGGGAUACCAACAAUGGUCAUCAAGCACAAGGAUUUCAAGAACCGUGUUGACUUUGACAUGGCUGUACACGCGGCACUGGAGGACGCCCAAGUGGAACUCGUGUGUCUAGCUGGCUUCAUGCGGAUACUUUCUGGCGACUUUGUGCGCAAGUGGCGAGGCCGACUGCUUAAUAUUCAUCCGUCCCUCUUACCUUCCUUUAAGGGUAUAGAUGCCCACCAGCAAGUGCUCGCGGCAGGAGUCUGUAUUUCAGGAUGCACUGUCCAUUUUGUUGUGGAGGAAGUGGAUGCGGGUGCAAUAAUCACGCAGGAAGCAGUGCCUGUGUUGCCAGGGGAUACGGUCCAGAGCUUACAAGAACGGGUAAAGACCGCUGAGCAUCGUGCCUACCCGCGGGCUCUUGAACUGUUGGCCAGCGGAAAGGCUCGGCUUGAUGUAAAUGGAAAAGUGGAGUUAACAGCAUAGUAUGGAGACGCAACAGGCAUCCCAUUGACUUGUCAUGGUUGCAUAGCAGAGCCCCCUGUGGCCGACCCUCGCUACACGCCUGUGAUAAAUAGCUGGCGCAAAUGGUAGAUCUCCAUGAAUAGUUACUGUAAGCAUCUGUUUCCAUGAACAAAUCUUUAUAGUGUCUUUGUCAGCCGCUAUUUUGUCGUCAUAGCAAAUUACCAUGUGUGAUAAAUUAUCGAUUUCCAUCGGCUUAGUUUGGAAGGCUGUGUAAUUUAGUGAUAAUAUACUGGGUGUCUAUUCUCAAUGUUGCAUUAGGCUUGGUAAGCGUUUUAUGUCUAUAUAAACUGACAUACUAGUAUGAUUUGUCUAAAACAAGUAUUCUCCUGGGUCCAGUUCCUAGAAAGCGGGUUAGCGCUAACCCAGGGAUAAAUCGGCUAUCUUUGCAAAAAGGGCAUUUAUCCCUGGGUUAGCGUUAAUCUGCUUUCUAGUAACGCGGCCCUGAAGUUAAUGAUCACAAUGGUGCGGUUUACUAGGGCUUACCAAGCGUCAAGACGUCUGACGAAUAGCUUGACAUCAAUAGGGAACUUGCGCUAAAAGAUCAUGUAACUUUUCUGGGUGGCAAAUUCAAAACAAAUUAAUCAAACAAAAAAUCAGAAGUAACUGCGCCUGUCACACUAGAAAGCGACCAAAAAAUAAAAUCUUUAGAUGAAACUAAACUCUAAAAAAAAAAAAAAAAAAAAAUUCUGGCCUUUUUCGUAAGCGCUGAAUAAGUUGCUUUUUGUUUCUGUUAUUAUAAAAGCCUGAGCGCGCUCUAUUUUGCCACCCAAACAGUCACGUGACCCCUUAGCGCAAGUCCCCAAUUGUACAAAGACAAAUGAUUUCUACUGCUGUAGGGGUCUUCUUUGCUUUUGUAAUAAUCCAAUAAAACCCCGAUAACCCCAACUUUAUACAAUACAACCCCGCUAUUGCGAACUUAACUCAGAUCGAGUUAUAGGUUCGAUUGAAAUGCUCAUAGCCUCAUUCAUCAUGAACAAAGUAUCGAUAUCCAUAUAAAUGCGUGGUGGCCCUCCCGUUGAAGUAAUUUACUUAAUGAAAUUCCUAUUACUGUCGAAUCCGUUGUAUCGCGACGCCUCAUUUCAAAACAUCGAUUUGUUUUUGUCUUGUGGGAUUUUAUGUUCCGCCAGUCAAAUUAUUCCAAGCCAAUCAGAUUUAUGCCAUCUCUCGACUAAUGCAGUUGCCUGGCUUUCUGUCGCGACACUGUCUGGUUUUCGUCCAGAGGGAAGCCAGGGAAGUGCACAAAGCGAGAUUCCGAUUGGCUCAGAAUGGUUUUACUGACGGAACAGAAAACCAAAACAAUUCGUGCUUUGAAAACGCGGGUCGCGAUAUAACGGAUUCGACAGCUAUUUUUGACAAAUAAAGAAAAUGAAUUUUAAGCAGAGUGGUUUUCAAAAUCUAAAAAUUUAAUUGUUAAAGUGUAAUAGUCAAGUCAAAACAAAAAGGAACAAAGACAUUACAGUGCAUCAGUAUUAAAUAGUAUUUCGUGGAUUUUUGAAAACCAGUCUAGUCAAAGAAACGAACAAUGUAUUUAGUUUGCGGGGAGAUCCGAAUUGGAGUUAUUAGGGUUCUACUGUAUUUAGCGAGGAGAUCUAGUUAUGAGUUCAUAUUGCAUUAAAAGUUCAUGUUGUAUUA